AUGGCCGCCCAAGACCCCCUGUUCGCCGACCUACCCUCGGCCGCCGAGUCCAAAAGACCGAAGCUGAAGCUGCGCUCCGCCUGUGACUUCUGCCACGCCGCCAAGGUCAAGUGCUCGGGCGAGCUCGUGUGCGCCCGCUGCCAGACCCAGGAACUACCGUGCAGCUACAGCUAUGCCAUGCGUGCCGGCAAGCCCAAGGGCAGCCGCAACAGGAAGACGCUGGAGAAGCAGGCCCGCCUGCGCCAGCAGCAUGCAGCUUCCCGCACUCCCCGCCAUGAUUGGCACGCCCUGCCCGCGGACCUGCAUCCGUCUUGGGCCGAUGCUGCGUGCAUGGACUUCGCCGUCUUCAACGGCCCUGACCAGCCAAUACCCGGUACCAGCACCCUCGACCCCGUGACAGGGCGUUUUACAGACGCGGACUCGCUGUUGCUGGACGCCCAUCUCCAAACACCGCCGCUCGAGUCGUUCCAGUGGACAUGGCCCGACUGCGAGACCGCUGAGGAGUCCAGCAGCAGCAGCGCAUCCACCCUCGACAACCCGGAACUCUCGGCAUCUUGUGACUGCUUCGACGUGCAGACGGCAAACCUCAGCGCGCUGCACUCCCUCCAUCGUUCCCUCCAGCUGCCGUCUACCAGCUGCCGCAUCGACACCUGCGUCCAGCGAAUCAACUCGGCACUCACAUCCUGCCGCGACUUCCUUGGCUGCAGCCGAUGCCACAAGGACUCGUCCGCUGUCCUUCUCACCGUCUCCGCUUUCCAGCUCGUCCUGCGUCUCUUCGAGCAUCUCGUCUCACAGCAACAGCAACACCAACCCCCGACCGACACCACCAACUCCGACCGCCCGAAUGCCUCGGUACCGCCCUGCCACAUCGGCGAGUAUGAGGGCGCUCCUUAG